AUGUCAACACAGCCUCAACCACCCACCAUUAGUAGCAAUGCUCCUGCAACCACGGAUAAAAAACCCGUUCCUAAACCUCCCAAGUGGAUGAAAGAGGAGGAAAUCGGAAAAGAAAAACAAAUUCUUUUAAAAGUAGAGGAACAUGAAUCCCGAAAAGAAACCAUUCAAAGACUGUGGAAAACAAAGAUUGUGGAUACUUUUACAAUACCAGAAAAAACCAAAUUUGCCACAUUUUGGGUAUUCUUGUGCUUUCUUGCCACAAGUUAUAAUUUUGUGACUGCAACGUUAAGAGCUGCUGUCUACACAUAUGUGGAUCAUCCAUUAUGGACUGGAAUAUGGGUGAUUCCUGAUGUCAUUGUUGAUGCAAUACUCCUUUUCGAUUUUAUUCUUUGUUUUUUUAAAAGGCUUUCAGGCACUGACGGUAUUUACAUUUAUGACACCAAGAUCAUUGCAAAGAAUUAUGUGAAAUCUCUGUUCUUCUACACUGAUUUUCUAUCAUCCAUUCCAAUCGAUUACAUUCUCCUUAUUGCUGACUUGAAGUGGGGAAUGUGGGCAAGAAUGAUCAGAUGCAUUCGGAUUGUCAGAGUCAAUGAUUACUUUAGUCAGUUCGAGCAACAAGUAGAGAUUAUUUCCAUUACAGGAAUUCAAAUCCUGAGAUACAUGUUCUACUUCUUCAUUGCAACACAUGUGCUUGCUUGUGGUUGGUACAUUAUUGUCAUGACAGAUCCUGUACAAACGGUUCGAAUUUGGACAGCAAAGGCAACCAUUACAGAAGAUAGAUCCCUUCAAGCUGCCAUGUCAAGAUAUAUUAGAGGAUUUAAUUGGGUAUUAACUCAAAUGACAGGAUAUGGAGGAACGACGCCUGUGACCCUCAGUCAAUGUAUUUUCUCUCAAGCAGUCAAUAUUGUUGGAGUUGCAUUGGUGAUUCUCGUUAUCGGUGCAGUUGGUAACAUUCUUGAAGACAGUCAUGCAGAAAAAGCGAAAAGAAAACAAAAACUUGACUCUCUAAAACAAUACAUGUCGUACAGAAAGAUUCCUGAAGUCAUUAGAGGCAAAAUUGAAAGAUAUUACCAUUUCGUUUGGAAAGCAAGAUCUGGUUGGGACGAAACAGAAGUCUUGCAAGAUCUUCCUUGGUACCUACAAUCUGAAAUUUAUCUUUCCAUGAAUGCAGAGUUAAUCCAAAAAGUCGAUUUAUUUAAAGUAGAGGGAGCCAACAAAACAUUCAUAACAUCAAUGGUCAUGGCUCUUCGGCCGCAAGUUGUUUUACCAGGAACAAAAAUUGUGAAAAAAGGAGAAAUUGGUCGAGAGAUGUAUUUCAUAUUGAAAGGAUAUGUCCAAGUAGUUACUGAAGAUCCAGAGCCCAAAGUUCUUGCUACUCUUGACGCUGGUAAAUUCUUUGGUGAAAUUAGUGUUAUUAUGGAUCAAACAAGAAUGGCUUCGGUGAGAGCUGGCACGUACUGUGAUUUGUAUGUGCUUACUAAGGAAUCCCUCAAACAAAUAGAACAAGACUUCCCUCUUCCUGUCCAAAAAAUUAGAGAAAAAGCUAUUGAAAGAUUGAAUGCAGCCAAGAAAUAG